GAAACGCCGAGUGCAACACUUGUCUUUUGCGUAUAUACCUAAACCCACCGUCGUAUACCUGAACAACCGCGCGUAUACAAGAAGUGUGCGCGAUACAGUUAAUAUAAUAUACGUAUUAUUGGCGUUGCGGCGAGAAACAAUAUAUACUUGUACAUCAGUACGAGACAAGACGACACUGCCAGACAAUAAUAUGACCGCUAAGCUGUCUCAUUGCCGCCGCGUGAUCGCGGCGUUCGUCGUGGCCGCGUGCGUCGUAGCCACGGCGUUUCCGGUGCACCAUCAUGACGAGUUCCGGUCGCAGCAAGACGAGUACCUCCCGAAGAACGAGCACGACGACGCUGCAGCCGGCGAUGACGCGCACGGACCUGCAGGUUCGACGUAUCACUUCCAGUACGCGGUCCACGAUCCGCUGACCGGCGACGAGAAGAGCCAGAACGAGGUGGGCGACGGGCACGGGUCGGUCAAAGGCACGUACAGCCUGGUCGAGGCGGACGGUUCCACCAGGGUGGUCGAGUACACGGCCGACGACGUGCACGGGUUCAGGGCCGAGGUGAAGAGGAUCGAACCGCCGGCGGAUCGUCAACAGCGCGACCACCGCCCGUCCACCGCCACCGAUGUCGGCCGCCCGCCGUACGGGUUCGACUUUGCCGCCGAACACGCCGCCCCCGCCGCCGAUGCCCAGCCGGCAGCCGACUACGAACUGCAAAGUUCGCUGCACUACAGCUACGAACCAGAAUUGCACUUCCCGUCGUCGCACCGUCGUUGAAGUCUCUCGUUCGAGUCGUCGUUGUCGCCGUUUCACACGUUGUUAUUAUUAUUAUUACUAUUAUUAUUAUCAUCAUCGUCAUCAUCAUCGUUUCAUACGUCACGCGACUGCGGUGCACGAUAAAUUAGUAUUUGAUGAGUUCGAAUAAUAUAUAAACGCGUAUUAUACAACUUCAGCGCUUACGCGGUGUGAUUCACCAAAUACGUUCAACUCCGCAUUUUUAAAUUUGAUAUAGUAUGUAAAUUUUGAUUUUCUAAAUUUUUUAAUAUACCUACUUACCUUAUUUCCCAUAUUUUCAAAUUCAUAAAAUCGUUUGUACCCCUUAAAAAGUUUAAUACGUUACAUGUACUGACUUGGAAAUACAUAAUGUAUAUCUCUUUCCCCUUCCACCCAUAUAAUACAAUAUGUUAUUUAUAUAGGUUGUUUAAAUAUUAAUGUGCCACUGGGUCGCAUGACAAAUUUAUUGAUUAAAUAAUUCGAUAGAAUUUUUUAUUGACCAAUUGUGGACCACUAAAUCAUGUUUUAAAGACCAUUACUAUUGAUUCAUUAAAUUGGGGGAAUAUAAAAAAAAAAAAAAAAAAAUACAAAGAAAAAUUAAUGUAAUUUUUGAUUUUGAAUAGCAUUGACAAGUUUAUUGAUCAUAGGUUUGAUUUUUGAUGUAAAAAUUCUCAAUACAUCAUUCAAGUGACGAUUUGUUGGGUAUUGACAUUAAUCAAAACGUAAGUAACGUGUAAACAAAAUAUAAGAUUAAAUUUAAUAAUAAAUAUCAGUUAUUAAAUUUACUAUCAACUAUAACAUAGAUAAUGUGAUAUUUCAUAUUUUUAUACCAAUUAUAAAUUGUAAUCGCGGGCUGCAGGUUGCCGAUCGCUGCAUUAAAUGAUCAGUAAUCGUUCAUGCAAUCUGACAUAAUAUAUAUCGUCCAAUAGAUAUUUUUAUGUGUUUAAAUAUAUUUAAUAUUUUGUUCAAAAAUCUAUAGUAGGAAUUAUUUCCAUUUUGCAUAUAAUUUCAGUGCCAAAUGCCUAUUCAAAAUAACUCACUUAGUACAACAAUUAUUCCCCUUUGUAAAUUCUACUAGAAGUUGUGAGUACCACGACUAAUUGAGCCAAAUUUUGUAAACGUUUUUUGUUAUUAUUUUUAUACUCGCACAGUAUUAUGUAACAAUUUAUAAAUAUUUUGUAAUAUACCU